CCUCUAUGUUCCUUCUCCUCUCCUCCUCCACCACCUCUUCCUCCGGUCAGUCUUUCUCUACCUCCACCCCCAUUGCUCUCAUUGACCCCUCCACCGGUCAGCUCUCCCAAAUCACUGCCUCCUCUUCAUCCCCUCUUUCUCUCUCUCUCUCUUCUGGUCAGCUUGCCACAUCAGUGUCAUCCCUCCCGGCCAAUCCCUCCCACCCAGUUAUUAGAACGACACCCAACAACUCCCCUACCAUCCAAUCAAGAGAGAGUCCCAUCGUUAACCCUCCCGCCCCCCUGACCUCCCCCUCUGUGGUCUCCUCCCCUCCCUCCAAGCAGCCCAGUGCUGGUGGCAGUUCUAAAGCAGUUCUACUCAGCUCACCUCCUCACAAACACACUGAACCAAACUGUUAUGACCCCAACACCGAUCAUCAGUCACUAUCUACUGAAGAAACCCAAAUGGAAUCUGUCCAAAAUGGGUCAUCUCCUACUAAAGACCCUCCCCUUACACACCCGCAAUCCCCUUCUCUGUCCUUUGACUUCAGUUUGGAGGCAUCUGACCAAUCAAAAGCCCCAGAGUCAAAGCACACCUCCCUCCCAUGGGACGACCAUCUCUACUUCUCCUCUGCCACCGCUCCUCCCUCCCCUCCCCUUGCCCCCAUCUUCCCCUCCAGCGGACCCAGGAACCUGAACCCCCUGGACCCUCUGGACCCCCUGUCCCCAGCCUCCUCUCCCUCUUCUGGGCCACGAAGGGUCCUCUACUGCCCUCUCUGCCCCAGGAUCUUCUACUACCUGUCUGACCUGGAGCGUCACUCCAUCACCCACUCUCAGAACAAACCCCAUGUCUGCCUGCAGUGUGGCAAGGCCUUCAAACGCUCCAGCCAUUUGCAGAGACACAAGCACAUUCACACGGGCGAGAGGAACUUUGUGUGCCCCAUCUGCUCCAAGCGUUUCAGGGAGGCGGGCGAGCUGCAGCGCCAUCAGAGGGUACACACAGGAGAGAAGCCCUACCAGUGCCCGCUGUGCCACACACGCUUCGCCGAGCGCAACACCAUGCGUCGACACACUAGACGCAAACACCCUUACCACCAGGCAGCUAUGGCGAUGCUGUCCGAGAGAGGAGCAGGGGGAGGAGGAAGAGAAGGAGGGGAUGAAGAUGAGGGCACAGAAGAGUGGUAUAGUUCCACUGUGUCCAACUUGGACAACUCUGACUCUGAACCAGAUUCUGAGGUCACUUCCUGAGGCUGAUCCUCUUGAAUAAAGGAAAGGAGGAGGAGGAGAAGGAGGAGGAAAAGGAGGAGGAGGAGGAGAGCAAAGGUGGUGUAGCUUCACUGUGUUCAAUUUGGACAACUCUGACACUGAAAGGGAUUGAAAAUUACUUUUGAAUGAUAAGUACCAGAACGGUACUUUCCAAUGAGAACAUUGGUUAUAUUUAUUUAUUAAUUUCUCUUGAAUGUAUUUUAUUUCCAUUCCCUUACACGGUCUGAAAAUGAUCACUGAUCUCAUAAAUCAUUUCCCAUCAAGGAGUCCUUCAAUUUUCGUCAUUUCCACAACUAUAGGGCGGAAAAUGUUAAUGUUCAUUCUAAAAAGGAGGCACUUUGACAUCCUGCUAUAACAAUACAUUUGCACUACCAAAGUACAAACAAUUAUGUUGUAAAAAGCGCUGUCACAAUGUUUUAUUGUAAAAUUGUUCUUUAUUACUAUAUUUUUUUCUUCUCUUGUGGAAGCUGUACUUACUAUUGAGUGAGAUUAGUAAACUUUCUUACUAUUAAAGACACUGUCGUUUGCA